AUGCCCUCGGAACCCAUCCCGAGGUAAGUUUUACCAUGGAUAAUAUAAAAUUUUUGACAAGGAAAGUACUUCUAUGGCGUAUGGAGUUACAGGUCGAGUCAUAUAUCAAAAAAUUCGCAAAGUUUUUCUGAUUCAAAACAUAUAAAAGUUAGCUGCCUAAUUUUGGUUUGUAAAGGUGAAAAAAUAUUCAGAAGUUUUCUCGCAACCCCACGCAAAUGCCUUUUUGACAAAGUUUUUACCAAAUCAAAAGCUUUUUUUGGCUAAAGUGAACCUUGGCAUCUUGACAAGCCUUAUAAUAUCAAAUUUAAUUAAUACGACACCUUAAUUAGUCGUUCCAAUAUAAAAAAGGGGAAUUUGUGUGGUGUUGCGAGAAAACUUCUGAGGAUUUUUUCACCCUUACACACCAAAAUUAGGCAGCUAACUUUUACAUGUUCUGAAUCAGAAAAACUUUGCGAUUUUUUUGAUAUAUGACUCGACCUGGAACUCUAUACCCCAUAGAAGUACUUUCCUCGUCAGAAAUUUUAAAACUUUCGUAAUAACGGAGAAUUUUCUUGAUCGGGGAAAGAGUUGACUCAUCUUGGUCAAGUCUUCCUCUCUUGACGAAACACGAAAUAUUGCGUAGAUUGAGUUUUUUGCAGGAGGAGCGGGCUGUUUUUACGUUGUUUUCAAUAAAUUUUCUUACUUUUCAGAGAUCCUCGCUCUUCAAGGCCCGCUACCGAAAGGAUAAGAGAAAGAAAAAAUGUAAAAAAAGUUAAAAAAAAAAUUUAAAAUGGCCAAAAAAAAAAAGAAAAGCCAAAAAAAUUGAAAGGCCAAAAAAGAAAAGACAAAAAAAAAGAGCCAAAAAAUCAAAGGCCAAGAAAAAAAUAUACUAGUCGCGACAUAAAGUCCUGAGAAAUUUGCACAGUGCAUUUUUGUUUUUCUUUCGUACCCGUCGCGGCAAUUCCCCACUUUUGCACUAGCGACAUGCACUUUCGCGCGAGCUUGCCACUUUUCUCGCGCGACACCCGCGACAAAUGUGUCAGGACUUUAUGGCGCGACUAGUAUUUUUUGAAAAAAACAAGAAAAAAGCCAAAGAAAGGCAAAAAGAAGUAAAAAAAUUUUAUAAGUAUAUUUGUACCUGAAAUUCAAGUAAACAUUGCUUGAAAACAUAUUCGGCCAAGUCAGCAAACCCAAUCAGUUGUUCCCAGCGGAUGUCUACGACGAGAUUACUGCCCCGGCCUGCCUCUACGCCCGAAAACACAAGUUCUUCAGCUGGCCAAAGCCCUCGGAAUCAUCCUAAGGUAAAUUUUGCACAUGGAUAAUAUAAAAUUUUUGAAAAAUUUGAAAACUUUUCUCGUAAUUACACUUGUAGUCAUUCCAAAGAUUACUGAAAGCCUUACUGAGCCGUCCGCUUUAUUUCAGACCCAAGGAUGACACCGAUCCAUCAGUAGUUCGUCUGCUCUACUGUGGUGUUGCAGUUUUUGCCCAUCGCGGAGUCCUCCAAGCCCCUCGACAAAGAAUUGGUCUAUUUUAA